CCAAAAUUGUAUUGCUGUGCAAGGAGGACUUGCACUACAAUUCUGGAGUCCGAAAACGUUUACAAAAGGUAACAGGAUUUCAAGAGCCAAAACACCUCGCUGAAUUGUGGAAUUAAAGUAGGAAUUCAGGAUGUCUGCAGGAAGAGACACCACAGGGCAGGGGGAAGACGACUUGCCACCUGGUGCAGUGGCAAUCAAAAAGAGAUCCAGGGUGCCAGGUGUUAUGAUCACACAGUAUGUAGAGAACCUUCCACCUGGAAAAACUACCCCAGAUUUCACCAGAAAACCUACCGCCAUGACCGCCCAGGAAGGUAAGAAGGCCUUCUUUAAAGCAGUAGUGACAGGAGAACCAGCACCCACUGUAACUUGGGCACGCAACAAAGGAGAAACUUCUGACCCUGAGAAAUAUAAGACACGAUAUGAUGAAAAGACUGGAGAAUAUAUUUUAGAGGUCCUAAAUGUGACUGUAGACCAUGCAGACACAUACAAAUGCUUUGCUACAAAUCCAUUUGGAAGAGCCGUUUCUACAGCUACGCUGAACGUUAUCGAGGUUGGAUUCAAGAAGAAGAAGCCUGGUGCACAGAAUGACCCUGAAGACUUCAGAAAGAUGCUGAAGAAAACUGUAAUUGUGAAGAAGAGGAAAGAAAAACCGAAGAAAGAGGGAGAGAUUGACCCAAAGUUCUGGGAGGUGUUGCUGAGUGCCCAGAAGAAGGACUACGAGCGAAUCUGUCGUGAAUUUGGAAUCACUAAUUAUCGCUGGAUGUUGAAGAAACUUAACAGUAUGAAGAAGGAACAAGAAGAAGAACAAGCAAAGGUUGUUGAAAAUGUUGAAAACCUGAAACAAAUUGAGGUGAAAACAAGUGGAAACGCUGAAUUUGAAAUUGACAUGAAGGUCAAGGAUCCCAACAGCAAAGUUUUUCUCUACAAGGAUGGUGAAAUGCUUGACUAUGGUGAUGGCACUGAUAAGUCUUCCAAACACAAUAUGAAGAAAGCUGGUGAUAAAUAUACAUUCAGCGUCAAUAAUGUUGGUCCAGAGGAUGCUGGCUUAUAUCAGGUGGAUGUUGACGAUGUCAACAUCUUCUCAACUGGUCUUGAAAUUCCUGAUGUGGAAUUUGAUGGCAUGUUGAAAGACGUUAAGGUCAUUGAAGGACAGGAUGCUACAUUUGAGUGUGUCUUAUCUGGUCCUGUGACAAAAAUCACAUGGUGUGCAAACGAUGCCUCUGUUGAGGCUGGUGAUAAAUAUAACAUCACAGUGUCAGAGGACAUGCUCACUCACAGAUUAGUAGUGAAGAACUGCCAACCAGAAGACAAGGGCAUCUACACAGCCAUCGCUGGCAUUAAGUUAAGCAAAGCCUCCCUGAAUGUUAAAGAUGAUCCAAAUGCCCGUGGGAAAGGCCAGAGUGGUGUGGAUGAUGCUAACAGCGUGGCUGAAGAACAGGCCAGGCUGCAGAAGGAAAGAGAUGAGGCAACCAGAAGGGGCCAAGCUAAAAAGGACGCUGCUUUGGCUGGUGGAUCUAGUUUAAGAGAUGGGUUUGGAGGAGAUGGAAUCAGUGAAGACAGAAGUAGGCGGACUGGAGAAGGAGAUGGAGAUGGUUCAGGAAGAGAUGGAUUAGGAAAAGAUGGUUUAGGAAAAGGAGGAGCGGGAGAUGGUUCCAGAAAAGAUGGCUUAGGAAAAGGUGUAUCAGCAAGUGACGGAACAGGGAAAGGAGGAUUAGCAGCAAAUGAGUCAGGAAAAGAUGGUUUGGGAGGAGAUGGAAGAGGUGGAGCAGGAACAAGUGGAGACGGGUCAGGUGGUGCUGGGACAGGAGAUGCUAAGCAUAAGAAGCGCAUCAGAGAUGGCCCACUGGUCCCUGACACUAUAACAGAACCUGGAGUCCACUUUCUCAGUGGAUUAUCAGACUCCACUGCCAAUAUUGGAGAGUCUGCAGAAUUGACCUGUAAGCUUAGCAGUAAGGACUGUGUUGGAAUUUGGUACAAAGAUGGUAAAAAGCUGGAAUCUAUAGAUGGCAUUACUAUUGUAAAAGAUGGAGCCACUCAUAGACUAAUCAUAAAGAACUGUAAGGAGGAAAAUACAGGCACAUAUAAAUUUGAAGCCGAUGGACGUAAAUCAGAGGCAAUGUUGCGCAUUGAAGAUCCACCAAAAAUCAAUGCAGAUGCCUUGGGUAAAUUCUCAGAACCUAUCAUUAUAAAAGCUGGUGAAAAUGCUAUUUUCAAGCUUCCAUUCUCGGGUAAAGAACCAAUGAAAGUGCAGUGGUUCAAAGAUGAAGAGGAGCUUUUACAUGGACCCAAUGCCAAGAUAGAGAGUUCCUCAACUCACAGUCGGCUAUUUCUCACCAAGUGCCAGCGUAAAGACACUGGAGAAGUCAAAAUUAAAAUCAAGAAUGAAUUUGCCGCCAUAGAGGCAACAUCAAAACUCAUUGUCCUCGACAAACCCGCUCCACCGCAAGGGCCUGUAGAAGUGGUGGAGAGUUCAUUGUCUGCUAUCGAGUUUAAAUGGAGGCCACCAAAAGAUGAUGGUGGGUGUCCUGUGACCAAUUACUACCUGGAGCGCCAGCAGCUGGGGCGUAACACCUGGACUAAAAUUGGAGACAUCCCUGGACAGCCAACCUACAGAGAUACAGACAUAGACCGUGGCAGGAAGUACUCUUACAGGAUCAGGGCCAAGAACUCAGAAGGCAUAAGUGGCUUGAUGGAAACUGAUGACAUCGCAGCUGGCACACUGGCCUUCCCUGGCCAGCCUGCUUGUCCAAAGGUGGUCAGCGCCUUCAAGGACUGCAUUAAUCUCUCAUGGCUCACACCCUCAAAUACAGGAGGAGGCAGUAUUAUAGGCUACAAUGUGGAGAAACGCAAGAAGGGCAGCAAUCUGUGGAGUCAAGUGAAUCCUCCAGAUGAACCAAUCAGAGAGAAAAAGUAUGCAGUGAAAGAUGUAAUGGAGGGAGGUGAGUAUGAAUUCAGAGUGGUUGCGAUCAACACAUGCGGUCCCGGAGAACCAAGUGGCCCCUCUGACUGUGUGUUCGCCAGAGACCCUCAGAAGCCUCCUGGGAAGGUCAAAGAUCUCAAAGUAACUGACUCUAGUUACACCACACUGUGUCUGGCUUGGACCAAACCAAAAGCAAUGAACGGAGAGGAAGAUGAAGCAAAAGGCUACUUUGUGGAAAUCAGACCCACAGACCAGCUGGAGUGGAACCGCUGUAAUGUCAGCGCUGUCGUCCAGACGUCCUUCACUGUGGUAGGUUUGAAGGCUUUAGCUGCGUACUGGGUGAGGGUGAUCGCCACCAAUGAGGGAGGAGAGGGACUUCCACGAGGGUUUGAUAACUACGUCAUUGCCAUGCCUCCACCUGUAAAACCGAAAUUCACUGACCGUAAGAUGAAAAGUUUCAUUGUUGUGAAGGCUGGAAACACAGUGCGGGUUAACAUACGCUUUGAGGCUUCUCCUUUGCCAGACAUCACUUGGCUAAAAGAUGGUGUGCCUGUGGCCAAACAUGUAACAAUUACGAAUUCUGAUAAAGGUUCUCAGCUGUUGAUUCCAUCAUCUGAACACUCUGAUACCGGCAUCUACACCAUUGUUGUGAAGAAUAUGGUGGGUCAGGACACCUUCAAUGUUGAAAUCAGAGUUACAGAUGAGCCCAUGCCUCCAGGUCCAGUGCAACUUGUGCAGAAUGUGGAGGGCACAGUGACUCUCAUGUGGACUCCGUCUCCUGAUGAGAAACGAGAUGACCGGCUCCACUAUAUGGUGUUGAAGCGGGACUCUGUCAAGCGUACCUGGCGGACAGUAGCAGACCACCUCUUCAACCAUAAAUUUACUGCUGUUAACAUCAUGCAGGGGAGAGAGUAUAACUUCCGUGUGUUUGCUAAGAAUGAUAUGGGGCUCUCUGAACCAUCUGAGUCUCCAGUGUGGGGAACUAUCAAAAAGAAAGGGAAAUUUGUAGUAAACCUGCCAGAGCCAAAGAUCCUGGACUUCCGGUCAGCCCCAAAGUUUAUUGUCCCUCUGAAACUACAUGCAGCUCCAAAGGGCUAUGAGUGCUACAUGAGCUGUGCUGUGAGUGGUGACCCUACACCCCACGUCACCUGGUACCGCAACAACGUCAGCCUCAACACAAACACCAACUACUACAUCACCAACACAUGUGGUGUCUGUUCCAUGCUCAUCCUGAUGGUGGGGCCCAAGGACACAGGAGAAUACAGAGUUGUGGCAGAGAACCCACUGGGCAAGGCUGAGUGUUCCACCCAGCUCACAGUCAGAGAGUAGAGGAAGUCAAACAAUAAAAGAAGACAAGGAAAUGGAUCAAAUCUACAGCUUGCUUGUGCCCUGCAUUUACUCUACUCAGACUCAUUUUUCCUCUCUAGCUUAAAAAUGAUUGGUGCCAGGUUUCUCUCAAUAAUGGAAUGAAGCCCUUGUCAUUUCAAUGGCUUUGUUUCAAAUAAAGUCAUCAUUGAA